AUGACAAUGGAUGUAAGUAACAGAAAGCAUGAACUGAAAAGUGACGUUAUUAACACGAGCUGUGACGAACAGACGGAAAUCAAAGUCGUGAAGCGGCCUUUCGACGUCGCUUUCUUGAUGCUCCCGGACGACAAAAUCAAGCAGAAGCAGAAGAUCCUGAAGAACUACGAGAAAUUAGCAGAAACGACGUACAACAACAACGAAUCUGUCGACGAGGACGAAGAAAUCGAAGUCGGGAACAACCAGGACUUCACCAGGACACACCAGAAGUACUUCACCCAGAAACAACAAAUCUUCGACGACCCGAACUUGAUCAAAGCGAAAAACUUAGACGAACUUCGCAGCAAAUCCGACGUCCCCACGUCCUCCGAGCAGAAAAGCGCCUUCACGAAGGUAAACCUAGCCUCUAAGGACUUACGCUUAAGUCCUAACCUGUCAAUAAGUCCGGAUUUGAGCUACCAGAACUCCCUCAGCCCCUCUCCCCCCAUAAUCAACCGUAACUACCAGAACGUCCCGAACAUGCUCUCUCCCACUCAGCUCUUCAAAAACCAACAAAUUAAUGCAUAUCAGAACACUUUCCUCCCCGACAAUUUCAACCCCUCCUCGAAUCUAGACAACCCUUUCUUAAUUAAAAACCCGGAUUUAAUCCAGCCCAGUUUUCCUAAGAUGCGCCCAAUGUACAGGCCCGAAUUAUCGUACAAUUACCAACAAUUCCCCAAUCAAGAGAUGCUGAAAAUUACCACCCCCGAGAUAAGGAACCCUGCGGCGGCGAUUUUAACCUCGCUGUUGCCGCCUUCGUUGGCGGCGUUGUCGUUGCCGGCGCAAAACGUUUGUGCCAAGUGCAAUAUCUCGUUCAGGAUGACUUCGGAUUUGGUUUACCACAUGAGGUCGCACCACAAGAAUGACUCGGUUGAUGUUAACAGGAGGAGAAGGGAGGAGAAGCUCAAGUGUCCGGUUUGCUCGGAAUCGUUCCGGGAGAGGCAUCAUUUGACGAGACAUAUGACGGCGCAUCAGGAUAAGGACGAGGACGAGGACGGGAAAAUCAAAAAGAAAUGUGCUCCGAAUGUUCAUUAA